GCUUUCGACGCAUGCGCCUUGAGCGGCUGCUUCUGUCCCCUUAGCGCGGUGAGAAAGCCGUCUCGCCCUCUCUCUACCUCCUCUUCUGACCUGAUUCGUUUCCGGCAUGGCGGCUGCGUACAGGCUCGUUCUCGUUCGGCACGGCGAGAGCACCUGGAACCUCGAGAACCGGUUCAGUGGCUGGUACGACGCGGACUUGAGCCCGGCGGGCCAAGAAGAGGCACAGCGCGGCGGAGAGGCGCUGAGAGAUGCUAGCUAUGAGUUUGACAUCUGCUUCACAUCUGUGCAGAAGAGGGCAAUUCGUACCCUCUGGACUGUACUGGAUGCUAUUGAUCAAAUGUGGCUGCCUGUCAUAAGGACCUGGCGUCUCAAUGAGAGGCACUAUGGCGGCCUAACAGGCCUUAAUAAAGCUGAGACUGCUGCUAAACAUGGAGAGGCCCAGGUGAAGAUCUGGAGGCGUUCUUUUGACAUUCCACCACCUCCAAUGGAGCCUGACCAUCCUUUCUACAGCAUUAUCAGCAAGGAUCGUCGCUAUGCUGACCUCACUGAAGAUCAGUUGCCUACAUGUGAGAGCCUGAAAGAUACCAUUGCUCGUGCCCUUCCCUUCUGGAAUGAGGAAAUUGUUCCCCAGAUCAAGGAGGGCAAGCGUGUGCUCAUUGCUGCCCAUGGCAACAGCCUCCGUGGCAUUGUCAAACAUCUAGAAGGAAUGUCUGAGGCAGAGAUCAUGGAACUCAAUUUGCCCACUGGAAUCCCCAUAGUCUAUGAGCUGGACAAAAACCUGAAGCCCAUCAAACCCAUGCAGUUCCUAGGUGAUGAGGAGACUGUCCGCAAGGCCAUGGAAGCAGUGGCAUCCCAGGGCAAGGCUAAGAAGUGAGGGUGGGGUAGGCAAGCAGUAGAAGAUCCCCCUCCUCAUUCCUUUUCCUUCCCAGCACACAUCUGCCACAGCCAGAGGAAUGGGGUUCAAAGAGCCAAAGGAGGUAGAGUUUCUUGGGACCAUAUCCCUUCCUUUAGGACCAAUUUCCUUCCACAUUCAUUCCUUCCCAGUAGGUUCUGGAGAGAUAACCAUAGGGAUGUGGUCCACCAGGGGCUCCGGAAUUGCAUCUUGUCAGUCCAUGGGCAAGGGACUACAGUGCUCCUCAGAUGAAGGCACUAGAACCUCUGGCAUUUCCAAGAGAACUUUCCCACCUUUAUGCCACUUAAUGCAGCUGCUGUCAUUAAAAAUUACUUGGUUUUAAGUGUUGCUUGACGAUUUGGCCAUUCACUGCUCUGAUUUUAAGGGCAGGGAUGCUUCAGAGCACAGUGGUGAUGCAAAGACCACACUUCUGUUGCGGCUUUGUCUUGUGUCAUUGAAGGGCCAUAUCAUAUUUUGAAUUGUCCCUGGAACUGUUAUUUGGUUCCGUGUUAAGUAACAAUUGCCAAGAUAUUCUAUUGCCAUCAAACCGUUAGGAUGGGAUCAGGCUAGGGAAGGUAUGAGCACCCACCCUGGAAUCUUCAGAUGUAGUCCCAUAAUCUUGCUAUGUAGUGCCAGUAAGCCCAGAUACUGUGUAUCAUUCUGUAUUGCUUCUCAGCCCCACAAUCCCUGUGGUAUCCCAACCUGCCAUAGGGUGGGUCUGCACUGGAGCUCACGUCACUGUACAAUGGCUGAAUUUGCCCUAGUCUCAGUAAAAUAAAGGAAUUAUGUGCAAUAUCUGCUGU